GUGGUGUAGUGGAUGGGAAAAGUUGAUUGUCUGAUUUUUGGUAUAUACCAGAGUUUAUUCUGGUAAGAUUGUAUAAAGAGGCCCCUUUCAUUGGGCCUACGAUUAAUGGGCUUCUUGGAGGAGCAGUUUUGGGCCUUCAUUGAAGGUAAAAUGGAAAAACCAAAAAUUUAGGCGGGAAAGAGAGCCGUUGCCCCAAAAUCACCAAAUUCUGGCGCCAAAAUCUAAAAUUUCUAAUGUAUUUCAGCUGCCCAUUGCCCGAAAUAUUACGGGCAUCCCAAAAAAAUCUGUCACAGUAUUCUUAUUCUUAUCAACUCCUUAUAUAACAUUAUAAUUAUUGUUUAUUAGACUAUCAUAUGCUACUAUUAACCAAAUUAGGUUUAUUUGUAUACGCUUUUGUUUUCCUUAUAAAUCUGCCCUCCAUUUUGCCGCCUUCCCUUCUUUUUCUCUCAUUCAAAGUCUUUACAUUUUUACACCCCCUUUUCUCUCUUCAUCCUAACACUGUAAGAUUCUUCUUAGUCCAAAAACAAGAAAGACCCUUUUCUUCUCUUCAAAUUUACACGGAUUCUUGAUAAAAGAGGAGUCUUUGUGUUACAAAAAAAAAAAAAAAAAUCCUUUUUUGUUAUUGUGUGUCUGUGUGUUUUGUGUUUGGUUAGCUAUGGGGUUUUCAAAGAAGCAUCAAUUAGUAGAAGGAACCAAAGAAGAGAAAAAAAUGUGGGUAAUUGCUGGAAUAGCAUUUAGGCCUAAUAAACUGAAACCAAUAUCAACAAAGCCAAACAGAGAAGAAACUGAAGAAGACGAAGAAGUAGAAGAGAGUUCAACAACUCCGACAUCGAGAGAUUCAAGGAUACCGGAGAAACUUCCAUGUCCACCUGCUCCUGUUAAGCGUAGGCCAGCUUCAACUUGUCAUUUUAAUGGUGCUAGAGAGUUCUUUAAUCCACCAGAUCUCGAAUCUGUAUUUAUUAUUCGACAUGUGUAGAGAGCAAAAUGUUGAAGUAGAAUUAGUUAAGGGCCAAAAAAUUACAACUUUAUGGAACCAGAAAGAGGCCCUUUUGCUCUUGUUAUGUUUUUUUUUUCUUUACUUAAGCUUAGUAGUAAUGUAGUUUUUUUUUUAGUAGGUUAGGCUUUUGAGAUUUAGAUAAUAUAUAAUGUAAUAUACAAAAUACUAGAUAUGGUGUCAGUAGAUUAUGCUAGUUUAGUUCAGUUUCUAUCUAUAAAAAUAAGAAAUUUCUCAGUA